UAGAGAAUGAACAGUGACAGUCACAGGGAGUUGACUGCUGACAGCACUACGACUGAGUGGACGCAGAGAGGAAAGCUGGGAAGGAUUACCCCCCCCCUCAGGACCCAACACUAAUCUCACACUACACACAGGCACACCUUGUGUGUCUCGUAAAGGACCUUUGGCAUGUGGAUUAUUGACUUUGUAGCCUCAGCAAGGUGGCCAUGUUUGAAGUCCUCGAGCGGUUUCGUGUAGUAAUAAUUCAUUGUAGUACUAUCACUGAGCGUACUACUGUUAAGAAUGGCAGUUUGAGUGCAGCACCUUCAUAAAGCUAUUUUGUUUAACAUAAUAAGUAUAGUAGCUGAUGAACUUUUAAGUGCUUUAACCUUCAUACUAAAGUGUGCUGUUGUUUCUUUACCUGGUGCAGGCUGCCUUGAAUUUAGCAGUUUCAUUCAGCCUAUAACACUUUGAGUGCAGUAGAUAUAUUGUAGUCUCAUUCUAGAGCUUGGUGUAUAGCUAUUGGAACAACGUUUCAGUAUAUUUAUGUCGUCAGAUCUCCUGUGCAGACCUGUUAAUAUCACAGCUUCAGAGGAGUUCUUUAAGUGCAGUGAUUUUAGAGUCGUACAGGUAUGGGUACAGCAUACACAAUGAGUCUUAUAGUUUCAGUCCUGGUGUUUACUACCACAAGAACUUUGUGACUUGACUCCAGUGAAGCAAGCGGAGUCUGAGAGCCUUGUCACAUUUUUAAUCACAAGGAAAACACCAUUCGCAACUUGGCGGUUUCAUAGAAAGCAUUAAGGACAUGCAGUCAAAUGGAUUUUAACUGCUCGGCUAAAUGGCAUUCCUUUAAACACAAACAAUUCCUUGGGGAAUACUUGGAACACUAAAGGAACAUUUGCUGUCCUCCUCUGGGAUUGCUAGGCCUAUACAGGUGAUAUUCAGGACUUUUGUCAAAUAAGAACUUUUGUUUCUAUGAAUAUUGCAAAUGUUGCAAGAACUACCCAGACUUCCAUGAGUUGUAACUUAUCCUGCCAAAAAUGUGACAAGGCAUGACCUCACAGGAACUGAACAAAUCCAUGUCAUGGAUCCUGACCUGGGAGUAGAUGCUGAUCUGGGACGUGGGGCUGGACUUGAGGCCUGUGGUGGUGAAAAAAGUGGUGAGACAGUAAGAGAAGAAGGAAAAGGGUUAAUAAACGUCAAAGGCGGUGAUGGAGGAUUCAGCUCUGCAUCCUCCUCCUCUAAUUCGUCUUUACCCUCCUCCUUCACACUCCUUCCAGUCUCCUCCUUGGCCCCCCCAAAUUGUUUUGAAGAAGAGAAGGAAAUGCUGAGUGGCUGCUCCAAGUCUUUCACUGGACUCAAGCUCUUUACCAGGAGGAAAGCGAUAGCUAAGUCCAGCCUGCACCAUUUGCCCUGUCAACCCAGUACAUCCUCUCUGACCAGGAACAACACAGAAGCAAAUAUCCGCAGUACUGUGGACUGGACUGAGUCAGCACUAUAUGGAGAUCAUAUCUGGUUUGAAACUAAUGUGUCUGGAGACUACUGUUAUGUGGGAGAACAACACUGUAUUGCCAGAGCAUUGCAAAAGUCUAUCAGUCGCAGGAAGUGUGCUGCCUGUAAGAUAGUUGCCCACACCACCUGUAUUGAACAACUGGAGAAGUUUCCCAGUUCUAGAGCCAUUCUGCUGGAUGCCACCCUGCCCCUCAAUGACCCCAACUUUAGAAUUAAUUUCAGGUGUAAACCAUCUUUCAGAGAAUCAGGCUCUAGGAACAUUCGAGAGCCCAUUGUAGUGCGUCAUCACUGGGUGCACCGGAGACGGCAAGAAGGGAAAUGCAAACAAUGUGGGAAGGGCUUUCAGCAGAAAUUUGCUUUCCACAGUAAAGAGAUUGUGGCAAUCAGCUGCUCCUGGUGCAAACACGCUUACCACAACAAAGUGUCCUGCUUCAUGCUGCAGCAGAUUGAAGAGGCUUGUCCAAUAGGGGCUCACGCUGCCCUUAUAGUUCCACCCACAUGGAUCAUUCGGGUCCGUCGCCAUCAGACAUCUAUGAAGUCUAGUAAGAAGAAAAAGAGAACAUCAUUCAAGAGGAAAAGCAGCAAGAAAGGAGCAGAGGAAGGACGGCAGUGGAAGCCAUUCAUAAUCCGACCCAUUCCUUCACCUCUGAUGAAACCCCUGGUGGUGUUUGUCAACCCCAAGAGUGGAGGAAACCAGGGCAAUAAGAUCCUGCAGUCCUUCAUGUGGUAUUUGAACCCUAGACAGGUGUUUGACCUGAGCCACGGAGGACCAAAAGAGGGCCUGGAGUUGUAUCGUAAAGUCCAUAACCUGAGGAUCCUGGCCUGUGGAGGAGAUGGCACUGUGGGCUGGAUCCUGUCUUGUCUUGAUGAACUGGCAUUAAAUCCUCAACCUCCUGUUGCUGUGUUACCGCUUGGGACAGGAAAUGACCUUGCCAGGACCCUCAACUGGGGAGGGGGCUAUACGGAUGAACCUCUAUCUAAAAUCCUCUCCCAUGUCGAGGAUGGAACUGUUGUCCAGCUAGAUAGAUGGAAUCUACAGGUGGAACCAAACUGCGGUGCAGGGGCUGAACUGGAUGAACAACAAACUGAUAAGCUUCCUCUAGAUGUUUUCAACAAUUACUUCAGUCUUGGAUUUGAUGCCCAUGUGACUCUAGAGUUCCAUGAGUCAAGAGAGGCCAACCCGGAGAAGUUUAACAGUCGUUUUAGAAAUAAGAUGUUCUAUGCUGGGACAGCGUUCUCAGAUUUCCUGAUGGGAAGCUCCAAAGACCUGUCUAAGCACAUCAAAGUGGUGUGUGACGGGACAGAUUUAACAUCAAAGGUUCAGGACUUGAAGCUACAGUGUCUGGUCUUCCUCAACAUUCCCAGGUACUGUGCAGGCACUACACCUUGGGGAAACCCCAGUGAACAUCAUGAUUUUGAACCUCAACGCCAUGAUGAUGGAUACAUCGAAGUCAUUGGAUUCACCAUGACUUCACUGGCAACUCUGCAGGUUGGAGGUCAUGGUGAGAGGUUGAACCAGUGCAGAGAAGUCACCCUCACCACUUCAAAACCUCUUCCAGUACAGGUGGAUGGUGAACCAUGCAGACUUGCUCCCUCUGUCAUCCACAUCAGCCUCAGAAACCAGGCAAACAUGGUUCAGAAGACCAAACGACGUACCUCACUACCACACCUCAAUGAUCAGCAGCCAGUCCCAGACAGGCUGAGGAUCAGGGUCAACAGGAUCAGUAUGACUGACUAUGAGGCUCUGCACUAUGACAAGGACAAACUACGACAAGCAUCCAUUCCUUUGGGACUGAUUGUGGUUCCUGGUGACAGCGACUUAGAAACCUGCAGAGAACACAUCCAACGUUUGCAGGAGGAGGAGGCAGCCAAGACAAAGAUUCUUUCCUCACAGAGAUUAUCUCCAAAGUGGUGUUUCCUUGACUCUACAACAGCAGAUCGUUUCUACAGGAUAGACAGAGCACAGGAACAUCUCAACUACGUAUCAGAAAUCUCCCAGGAAGAGAUCUUCAUUCUGGACCCUGAAUUGGUUGUUAUGAUGACAGUAGGCACCUCCCCCUCAGCCAUGCCAGACCUGGUUAACCCCACCUCCAGCCUGGUAGACAGCAGUUCUUCCCAGAGGCAGCGAGUGAACAGUGACAGCUCUGCAGCUGAAGCUGUAACACACAACUCAACACCUGUUACCAGUAAACUCAGCAGGGCGGGUUGCAUCCAUCGUUCCAACACCACUGCUGCUGAUUUUAAACCAAGGCUGAGACAGGAAAAGAGCCAAAAGACAAGUGAGACUGAGAAAGAGAGAGAAAAAGAGAUGUUGUUUGAGUGUGUAAAGAACAAGGAUGUAAAGACGCUGCAGGAAAUGCACCUGAAGGGAGCAGACCUCACUACGCUGGACUUAUCAGGAUGCAGUUUAUUGCACCAUGCUGUCAGUACAGGAAGCAAAGAGAUGGUCCGCUACAUCCUGGACAAUGCUCCAACUGAUCUGCUUGAUGUCACAGAAAAACUAUAUGGGGAGACGGUUCUUCAUCGAGCUGCAUCUCUGUGUCACAGGACCAUCUGUCAUUAUCUGGUAGAAGCAGGAGCCUCACUGAUGAAAACAGACCUACAGGGUGAUACUCCUAAGAACAGGGCUGAGAAGGCUCAUGAUGCUGAACUGGCAGCCUAUCUGGAGAACAGACAGCAUUACCAGAUGAUACAGAGAGAAGACCAGGAAACAGCAGUCUGAAACUGCUGAGCUCUCUGUGAACAAGACGUGGAUGAAGAAACUGCUGUCUUCAUCCCUCUCUUCAUGAGAAUGACAGCAGCUAAUUUAGGCCUGUGUGAUGGGGGGACUGAUACACAGACUCCAGUUGACUGCUGACAUGUGUCCUUCCUUGAAAGCACAGAGUGCAGCCUGAGAGUAAAGCUGUGCCAAAUCUAAACUCAAUUUAAUAAUGGUAAUGGCAGUGAUUACAAUGAUGGGAAUGAUAGUGACAGUUAUAUUGAGGGUUGAGGCAUAUGUCAAUGAAAAUAGAUAUACAGUAUGGUUUGGUAAUGAAAUGUUCAUUAAGUCAUCACUUUUCAUUUUGAGGAGCUGAUUAAAAACACCUUUUUGAGAAGUCAAGAAGAUAGAAAUGUUUUUUGGAUGAUCGGAAUCUUGUGUCAUGUUUUAAUGCGUUCAUAUCAAACAAAGUCAAAGGACUCCAUUGUCACUAAAAGUGAUCAUCUGCCAGAAAUUGGCGAUAGUGCAAUGUUUUGUGGGGUUGGAUUGUUUCACUCAGUAUCAGAACGUAAACUGAGUCUGCAGACCCAUGUUACGUUUGAAAAAAACUCAGGAAAUACAAGUUAUUUUGUACAACCGUGGAUCAAAAAUCAAAUAAGACUAAAACUAUAAAGCCCAGUUACAGCAGUUUCCUUUUAAAGGCUGCAAUGUGCAUUACUUACCUCACUAAAAUGGAAAACGGAAAGUUUUUUUUGUGGACAGAGUUGACAUUGGGUGGGGCUAGAUGGAAUUUCAUUGAAUGCCCAACAAGGGACUCCUCUAGGGAGAAAUAUAAGCCCAGUGGUAAAAGAAACGAAUGGAAAAGUCAGAGGGUCGAAACUGUUAGGAUUCAUUCUCUUGGGAUCAUGAAUUUCCACGGUUGAUUUCAUGGAACUCUGAACACUGAAAUGUCUCGUCAUGAAGUGUUGAAAAAUUGGCAUGAUGGUAAAAAUGUCUGGGAUCCUGAAAUCACAAGGAUGAAUGAAUAUCACUAUCAGGUUUUAUGGCUAUCGAGUAGUUUUGGAGGUUUUUUUUGGACCAAAGAGUUGGACGGACCAACAAAGCUUCUACCAUCCAUGAACCCUGAACAGUGAAUCCUCUGUUUGUUAGUGAUUAUUUCACUGAGCAUAAAUGCAGUCAUGCAUGCACUUAUGUUGUGAGCCUGCUACGCUUUUAAGUUUUGGUUGGUCUUUAUCAAUAUAUUGUAUUUUGUUGACGUAUAUUGACAUAUUCUGGAAAUGAUUAUUAUUUAUAUGUUGAGAAAUAACCAAAAUUAUGUCUUAGAUGAAUUUCCAGGCUGAUGACUUCACACUCAAAAUGUUUCAAUCAAACCAUUACAUCAUGAUACAAGCAGUGUAAAAUCAUCUGCCAAAAGGAGGAUUUAACUUGAAGGUUCAUAUGAUCAUAUUGUGCUCUGGAAGUGCAACUUGAAUUUCCAUUUUUUAAAAAUACCAACUGCAAAAUGUUAAUAUGAUUUCUCGAUUUUGUUUUCUUUUUGUGACCGUGAAUAGAAUGAUUUCUAUUAGAGUACAGUCACGUCAAAUUAGUUAGUUUACAGUAAAAAAAAGUUCAUGUUUUAUUUUAUUGAGAUUGGUAAAGUCAAGUCUCAAAACAUGUAUGAUUAUUCUAUUUUGUUGUGCCAAAUUUCAAAGCUAAAUUUACAUUUAAAGUACACACAAAUCAUUAUACUGCUAAAAAGCAACAACCCAAAUCCCAAUUCCAGUUCCUCUCAACCCACUGAUAAUAUUUUGAAACUGUAAUGUUUACUGAGUUGAGUUUAAUAUUAACACUGAGCUACAAGGAAUGCUUUGAUUUUUAGGGGCACUUUUGGACGUCACAGCAAAGUCAAAUAUUAGACGCAAACCUCCCCCAAACAACAGUGUAGCACCAGCACCAUCAGAAACAAACAAAAAGUAAAAAUGAACAAUAAAUAAUGACUAAAUGUAAAUAAACACAGGUGUGUAGAUCACUGAGUACAUUUACAUUCACGUUAGUCCUGGUUAUGAUCAGGUUUUUAGCGUGUCCACUGUUUGUGUUUAUGCCUGUAAAGAUCACAUCCAGUUUCAGAAAUCUGGAUGAAUUGUGAUUUCCACUCUAAAGUCAAAGUGAAAGUCUGACUCCAGCAAUGGUGUACAGAAAUGCCAAAGAACUUAAAGACACACCUGGAUCUACACAGUGUGCUGCAAAGUCUGGACACCAGCUCAACACAGACAGAUUCCUACUCUCAUUCAAAAACUACAGCAAGCGGGAAGUGGCAUCAACAGAGGAAAUAUGGGCUGCAACCACAGAAUCAUACAAGCGCAAAACCCCACGAGCCCACACUAUCAGAAGUCUGGAUCCUGUAACUUUUCUCAUGUUCCAUGUGAACAUCAUGCCCUCAAUGUGAUCAAAACCAUAAUAAGGGGACGACUAGCAUAAAAAAUGUCAACAUGGUCACUCAGGCUUUGCAACAGAGUGCACACUGGGAAACCUGACAUGAAACAUGAAAUGGUUUUUCAUGAGGGAAGGUGUUUCACACAUAAACCCAACAAAGCCGUGUGUCUACAUGCAAUUUUGUAUUUCUGCAACUUUGCCUUAGUCUUUAGAUACAUUUUUCAGAAACAUCUUUCAUUUGCAUUGCCACAUAACUGGCAGACAAGUUUUGAUGGCAUAACUGAUUUACACAGGUUUACCAUACAGCUUUGAAAAUGAAUCAGACAGAAUCGAGGAAAAACUGUGUAUAUUUUUGAGGGUUUGAUGAUUUCUCUCUAAACUUUGUAAAUUAUUAAAAUAUGCUCUGACUUUGAUUCAGCACAGUAGCUGCUGAAAUAAUUGUAAAACCAAAAACACACAAGUUUCAAAAGAGCUUAACCUACUUUUAUUGGUUUUGCUUGUGAAGUUUAGCAUUUGAAAUGUGUUGGUGUCUUCAGAUUAGUUUUGCAUUGACAGUAAACUCUUGUGUGUACUGCAUCUCAAUGACAAAGCAGGUUACAUCUUUUUUUUAUUUACAUCUGUGGCCCAUUUAGUCUUUAUCCUUUCAUGUUUAUGGCAACACAUUGGUGUGAAACAGUCAAAAGUGUUUGCAUUUUCUUUUUGUUCUUUCUUUUUAAUCCUGCCUUUGUUUUUUUUGUUUUGAAGUUCUUUGAUAUUUGUAUAAUUUGCUAUAUAUAAUAAAAAUGAUAGUAUAUUUGA